UUUGAGUUAAUUAAAUGCGAUAGAAGUCUUUGUUGGAAUAUAAUGCUGUUGUGAGAUAUUUUUUUAUGCUAUUUUUAAAGCGAAUGAUUGUUGUAUCUGUGUAAUUCGAUAUUGUUUUGCGUCCAUGUUCAAAAUAAGGGAUGUAAUAUAUUGUGACUCAAAGCAAAGUUUAUUACAAAAUAAUGGCUAAUUCCAAAAGCAAUUCUGUAUAUGCUGUUUGGAAUCGUCUAGAUAAUGGUGAUGAAGAUGUACAAUUUAAUCAUUCUGAAAUCAAGAAUGAGAAGGAAUUUUCUAAAUUUAGAAGAAAUGAGCCGACUGGUGGUUUCAGGGGAAUUCGAUCUAACAACCCUCCGACCAGAGGAAAUUCGACCCGAAAUUAUGAACAUCAAAUUGAUCGAAGAGAGAAUUUCAGAAACGUGGAUUCCUUUCAGACUUCCAAUAGAUUUGAACAGCUCGAAGAACCUCAGAUGAACAGAAACAGAUAUCGUGAUAAAAAGAAUAACAAUGUAUCAAAUCAAAGUUAUCGAAACAACAACACGAAGACAAUUAAUUCUGUUCAAAAUUCAAAUCAACCAUCUCGUAUCGAGGAUUCAAGAACGCAAUCAAAUCAACGCAGCCAUUCUUCUAAUAGAAGAGUUCGAAAUAGAAACAUGAAGCAAUCAAAGUCUACUCAGAAUUUAGACCAAGUUUGUCAGCUUGAAGAUUCUGACCGAUUUGCAAAUCAGCACAACAACCGUGAUUUUCCAAAUAAAUAUGAGGAUACCACUGAAGAUGGAAAUAUCCGAGGAAAUCAUAUCAUUAAACCUAUGCAUUUAAAUCAAAUGAAAAAAUUAUCAGAAAAAGAUCCAACUGAAGUUUUGCUUACUAUUACUGAUAGAGAAAAUGGGUUUACUCUUUUAUUAAACCAAAAUAUGAGGCGUGAUUUCAUGCCAUAUAUUCUAAUAGUUUUAGGAAAAGCUGUUGCUGCUUCUUCAAAUAUGCAUAAUAAUGUAUGUAAAAUGAUAAAUACUAUUACUAGUCAUCGGAAUUUCUUCCUGGUAAAUAUUCAGCAGUAUCUGGCAUCAUUUCAAAUGCAAAAACCUAAUGAAUAUCAUUUAGAUUCUCUGGUUAGUUUUACAGAGUUUUUGCAUAAAUUCCAGAUUACCUUGCCAUCAAAUGCUUCUGAAAUUAUCCCAAUAUUAUUACCACUUUUGAAGACAACAUGCGAAAAAUUCUUGUCGGGUAACAGAGCUUCUAUAGCUACUUCAAAGCUUAAAGAAAUAGAUGAACAGAAUACUUAUGUAUUGGAAAAAUAUACAUCUGAAAAGGAAGUUAAAAAAUCAUCUCAGAAUGAAAGAUUGCAGUUUGUGGAUCCACCAGAAAAUUAUCGCUCAAUCCCUAUUUUGCCGAAUGUAAAUGAUAUUCGUCAGCCCUGUUCAUUUUUGCGUGCUAAUGUUGUUCAAGGGCAGUAUCAGAACACGGAGCAUUAUCUUGAUGUACAGUACAGACUACUGAGAGAAGAUUAUGUGAAGCCUCUAAGAGAUGGCAUUGCAGAAUAUUUGAGGUUGAAGAAACAAAAUAAACCAAUCAAAAAGUGUAAGGAUGUGAGAGUGUACUCAGACAUGCAAAUCAUGAAGCAAGAAUUCGUGAAUGGAGGUUUAGUUCAUAUGGCAUGUUUUAACGAUCCUGGUUUUGCCAGAAUAAAGUGGGAUUUCAGCAAGCGUUUUCUUACUGGUGCUCUCCUGUGUCUUUCUUCAGAUGACUUUGAAACAAUGCAUUUUGCUACAGUUGCGCGUCGAGAUUCGAAAGAACUAUCUAAAGGUUUAUUAUAUAUACGUUUUGAGGAGUUGACCGAUUUCGUUUUGAGUUUAAACCCUCUAAUUCAUUUUGUGGUUAUUGAGACUAGUGCUUAUUUCGAAGCCUAUCGCUACAAUUUAGAUGCAUUGCUUCAGCUGAAUGAAAAUACAUUGCCUUUGAAACGAUAUAUAAUUGAAACCCAGAAAAGUGUGCAUAAACCGGAGUAUUUGUCAGCAACUGCAACCUAUGACAUGCGACCACUUCUACUGCCUUUAGAUAAUGUUGGCAAAGCAGAUGGCAAGGGAAAUUUUGUAGGUGAUUUCAAGUGUCCUGCGAGUGUCACAGAAAGGGUUAAAGAUAUUCCUGUUCUUGAAGAAAAUCGUUGGCCUACGUCCUCGGAAUUGAAUUUGGAUCCUUCUCAGUAUGCAGCACUCAAAGCUGCUGUUACGAAAGAAUUUGCAAUUAUACAAGGUCCCCCGGGAACGGGUAAAACGUAUGUUGGUCUUAGAAUUGCACAGUUACUCUUGCAUAAUGUGAGUAAAUGGCAAUCGGAGAGAAAUCCUUCACCAAUUUUAGUUAUAUGUUAUACUAACCAUGCAUUAGAUCAGUUCUUAGAAGGUUUGCUUCUCUUUACUCAAAAAAUCGUCCGAGUAGGCGGACGUGGAAAAAAUGAAGCAAUUUCUCAAUAUCAAUUGAACAAUUUGAAAAAAAUAAUAAAGGCAAAAAGAGAAGUCCCACAUUAUAUAUUUUCUAACAUAAGACAAAAGAAUUAUGAAUUGUAUCGUUUAAAAGAAGAUAUUGAUAGAAUUCGAAAGAGGGUGGAUAUUUCAGCUUUAUCAGUGUUAGGAGAAGGUGAGUUGAAAGAUCACAUAUCUCCUUCUCAUUAUACUUCUCUUAAGAGUAUUGGCUCACUUUACAGAUUGAAAGAUGAUGGUCAUUUUGUGGAGGAUUGGUUAGGUACUCGUGUCAGUGCUGAGAAUCAGUUUGGAAAUAGCUUUGAAAUUGUUGUAAAAAAGAAAGAUUCCAACCAUGUAGGUACAACAGGAAACGUCUCUAAUACUGUUGAUAAUACACCUUUGGGAGACGACGAGGAUGCAAUUAGUGAAGGAGAAGCUGAUAUUGAAUACAUAGAAGCUCAGAGAGAUAUAAAUUCAGAAGAAUUCGCUGAUGUUUCGUAUGAAAUGCCCAAUUUUGACAAUGACGAUGAAGAAAUUGAUAUAGUUCCAGUAUCUGCUGAUGGAUGGCAAUAUCAAGGGGGCAGGAAAAAAAUUAAAAAAUAUAUCCGGCAUUAUCUAAAAAAUAGUAAAGCUAUGACUGAAAAUGAGGAGAGGAGGGUCAAUAAUGUUUGGAUGUUGCCUAUAGAACAAAGAUGGCGUCUUUAUAAAUUGUGGCUCGAACGUUUUAUUAAAAUGAAAGAAGAAGAAGGUUUACAAAUGCAAGAGAUGCUACGAAAUGAAUAUAAUUUACUCUGUGAGAUGCGAACCGAGGAAGAUAUCUAUGUUUGUAAGCAAGCUCUUGUAGUGGGUAUGACAACGACUGGAGCUGCUAAAUACAGGCACAUAGUGCAGAAUUUGAAUCCGAGGAUUCUUAUUGUUGAGGAAGCAGCUGAAAUCUUGGAAAGCCAUAUUGUUACUUCUUUAACACAUGGCACUCAACAUGUCAUAUUAAUUGGAGAUCACCAGCAAUUAAGACCUAGCCCAACCGUCCAUUUACUAGCUACAAAAUAUAAUUUAAAUGUUUCUUUGUUUGAGAGAAUGGUUCAGAAUGGGCUUGAUUGCUAUAGACUUGAUAUUCAGCACAGAAUGAGACCCGAAAUUGCGUCUUUACUCGUCCCUCAUAUUUAUUCGAAUUUGCAAAAUCAUGAAAGUGUCAAACACUAUGAAAAUAUAAAAGGUGUUAGCAAAAAUGUGUUUUUCCUUACACAUGAGUUUAAUGAAUCGCAAGAAUUUGAUUCAAAAAGCAAAGUUAACGAGCAUGAAGCCAAAUUUAUUAUAAAACUUUGUAAAUAUCUUAUUUUACAAGGUUACAGCCCUUCUCAGAUAACUGUUCUCACUACUUAUUCCGGACAACUUUUUGAAUUAAAGCGGCAAAACGACAAAAAAAGCUUUUUACAAGAAGUAAAAUUUACUGUGGUUGAUAAUUAUCAAGGGGAGGAAAACGAUAUAAUUUUAAUUUCAUUUGUUAGAAGCAAUGUUGAAGGUGAAAUCGGAUUCUUAAAAGUAGCAAAUCGUGUUUGCGUAUCUUUAUCGAGAGCUAAAAAAGGCCUUUUCUGCAUUGGAAAUUUUAAUUUGCUUGCUGAAAAAAGUGAGUUGUGGAAAAACAUAGUUGAAACGUUAAAACAAAACAACGCCAUCGGUCCUUCUUUGCAGCUUAUGUGUCAGAAUCAUCCUGGUGUUAGCAAUAUUGUUCAGAAUGACCAAGAUUUUGAUUCUGUGCCGGAAGGCGGUUGUUCACGAAAAUGUGAGUAUCGGCUUUCUUGUGGUCAUGUAUGUUCUUUAAUGUGCCAUCCAUAUGAUUCUGAGCAUCUAGAAAUCCGUUGCUUAAAGCCUUGCUCGAAGAAAUGUGACUAUGGACAUCCGUGCACGAAAAAGUGUUAUAAAGAUUGCGCUCCUUGUGAGACUCGAGUUUCGAAAACCAUUCCAGGAUGUGAUCAUGUUAUACAAAUACCUUGCCAUCUUAGAGACACUGAAAUUACAUGUAGCCAUUUGUGUGAUAGAUAUUUGCCAUGUGGUCAUUUGUGUUCCAAUAAAUGUAGUGAACCUUGUGUUUUAAAGUGUAUGGAAAAAGUAAGGAUUAAAUCUAUUGUAUGCAACCACAGGGUAGUAAUAGAAUGCUCGGAAUAUGAUAAUAUCGAUUUAUUGGUCAAAAGAUGCAAGGAGCCUUGUAGGACUGAAUUAUUUUGCGGACAUAUGUGCAGUGGUACUUGCGGUAAGUGCCGUCAAGGUAGAUUACACAUCGCAUGCAGACAACCAUGUAAGCGUAUUCUGGUAUGUGGCCAUGAAUGUAAAUCUCCAUGUUCCGAAAGCUGUCCACCAUGCCAACAACCUUGUGCAAAUGAAUGUAGUCAUAGCAAAUGUCCCAAAAUAUGUGGAGAACCUUGUGAAAAAUGUACCGAACUAUGUGAAUGGGAAUGUGCACACAAAAAAUGUAAUCAAAUCUGUGGCGAUCCUUGUGAUCGAUCUGGAUGUGAUGAACCGUGUCCUGAAGUUUUGGAAUGUGGACAUCCAUGUAUUGGUGUUUGCGGUGAACCUUGUCCUAAAGAGUGUAGAGAAUGUAACGAGGAAGUGAAGGAUAUAUUCUUUGGCUCCGAAGAUGAAGCUGAUGCAAGAUUUGUUUGUUUAGAGGAUUGCAAACAUAUCUUUGAACUGCAAGGUAUUACGCAGUGGAUGAUGACUGACAUCCAAAAGACUAAAGCAAUUCAGAUGAAAGCCUGCCCGAGAUGCAAAACUGUGAUUCGAAAAAAUUUGCGGUUUGGAAAUAUCAUCAAGUCCUGUCUUGCAGAUAUUGAAAAAGUUAAAAAAAGAACGUUCGGCGACAAAGAGCUUAACAUACAGAAACAAAGUUCUAUAUUGGAAAAGGUAGAGACAUCUAACAAAUUAAAGGAGCUUGAUUUGAUUUAUAGGCUACUUCUAAAAUUCCUCACUUCUGGAAGAAUGAGAAGCAUUCAGGAAUUAACUUCUAUUGAAAAUAUUAUUAACAUAGCAUUAACACUAGUUGAUGCUACACAUCCUAUUUAUGCACCAAUUACAACGGAAGACGCCGCCUUUCGAAAUUCAAUUUUAAAUUUACAAACUUUUAUGGAAAACAAUAAACAGUGGUUAAUAUGUUUUAUGCAAAACGAAAUUUUGACAGCAUCUGAGCAACAACUGAAAGAGCUUUCUUGGGAAGUCCAUCGAUUGAAACUGGCUGGUAAUCUAUUGAGCUUAAUUAAAAAAGUUCCCAGCCUGAGCACUGAAGCAAAAACAUAUUUAGAUAAAUUACUAUCCAUCAUAAUCACAUUUGUUCCUUUUAAAGAGACCAAUAUGAAGAAUUUUACAUCUAACUUCCAGCAUUUCGCAGAACUUGCUGGUAGAGCUGUGAUUAAUAUUUCAGAAAUGGAGAAGCAGUCGAUUUUGAAAGCCAUGGGUUUAACUAAAGGUCAUUGGUAUCAAUGUCCGAAUGGCCAUGUUUACUGUAUAACUGAAUGUGGAGGUGCUAACCAAGAAAGUUUUUGCAAUGAAUGUGGAGAAAGGAUUGGUGGUAGUAAUCACAGACUCAUUGCAACCAACCGUGUUGCCACCGAUAUGGAUGGAGCAACACAUUCUGCAUGGUCAGAUGCUAUGAAUAUGUUGAACUACAGAUUCUGAUUCUUUAAUGUUUCUCCUUCCCAUGGUUGUGUAAUACUUAUGCUGAAGAAACCUUGAAAAUAUUUGUCAGUUUUUAUAAUGAAUUUUCCAAAUCAUUCUAAGUUUGAAUUUCUCUUUUGAAUUGAUCUGAACUGAAUAGAUCUGAAAUUUUUAUAAAUAUUCAAAAGUUAUAAUAAGAAGUUUCUUAUAAAUUUUGUAGCUGAUUUGUAUUUUUUUUUCCCUGUGCCAUUUUCUUUCUAAAAUUCACUUUUACUUUUUUCGAUAAUUAACUAUUACAAACUAUGUUGUCUGUUAAUUGUUUUAAAACAUUUCUGUUAAAUAUUAAAUCAUUACAUUUCCAUUAAAAAUGGAAAUUUAUGUGAUGAAAUUAUAAUUCAAUAAUUAUUGCUAUGUUGAAUAGAAAAUGAACAUUUCUGAAAAUGAACUUUU